AUGAUCGAUCGUUUGAGUAGUCUAUCUGAUGUUGCUCUUUCAUCAUCAAAUAUAAAUCCAUUCACAACUGAAACGAGUUUUAAAUCCGACAGUGAACUUAGAAUUUCAUCCACGCAUACAAAUUCAAUAACCGAGCCAACAUCAGAUCCGAUAAUAAUAAGAACGCCUGUCAAUGAAAACGUUCGAUCCGAAGUAAAACAAUAUGACGUUGGAUCACUGAAUAUUGUUAAUAAUCGUUCAAAAUCAACAGAAAAACAGUUAUUAGAAAAAAAAUCAUCAAGUCAAAAGUCAUUAACAAUCGAUUUUGGUGUUAGUAGCAAAAAAUAUGAAGAAAUAAAACAAGAAUCACAGGAGAAAAAGUACGAAGGUGCUUCUCUUCAAGAUAAUGAUCAAAUGGGUUUGGCCACAUAUUUUCUUGAACAAGCGAAAAAAGGACGAAUCAGUCUGAUUAGUUUAGUGCAAGAUUUACCGGAUUAUGCUCCGGAUAUACCAAAAAUUACAUAUGAUGAAAAUGGACGAUAUGUACGUUUAAGAGAGGAAAAUGCCAUUACGGGAAACAAAAAAUUCUAUUCAGGAUCAAACAUAUCUGGUAUUCGGCAAUCCAAUAAUAAUGCUGAGGAACAGGCAAUUAACGACGAUAUAAUCAAUAAUCCAUCAGCAGAACGAUCUAUUCUGAAUCGCUCAAAGUUUCUAGAUUUAGUUAAGAAACGAAGUUCAGAAUACUUGCCAGAUGAAAAACAACAGUCCUUAUUAUCAUCUUACCAUUCACUGGAAAAGUUAUCAACAACAAGAGUAGUAGAUGAUACUGUAAAAAAAUCAGAAAGAGUUGAUGGUAUCCGACAAGAAAAUGUAUCAACUGAUUCAAGACAAUCUGCAGCAAAAUUCAAAUAUUCCAUGUCACAGCAAGAACGUGGUGAACGAAUUGCUGAUGAACUUGGUCUAAACUUUUCCGAUGUUCAAUAUCAAUAUGAAUUAGCAUUGCGUAAUCGUAUCGAAAUACCACCAUUGAUUAUGAGAUGUUUAAUUACAGAUGCAAUCGGUAUACUCCACGUAAUGAAGAAAGAAGUUAGUAAAGAUUUGGGUACUGAUCAUACCAAAGUUGAACGAGUUAAUAUUAGAUUACAAGAAUUACAAACUUAUUUGAAAAUAUACGAUAAACAUUGUUAA